AUGUUUGUAUUAUUCAUUUUCAGUGUAGCAGUGAACCGUCUCACAGGUGAUUUUAUUGUCACUGAGCGUUCUCCCACGCAUCAAAUACAAAUUUACAAUCAGUACGGACAGUUCCUACGAAAAUUUGGUGCAAAUAUAUUGCAGCACCCACGUGGUGUUUGUGUUGAUAGCAAAGGACGAAUAAUUGUUAUUGAAUGUAAAGUUAUGCGAGUGAUAAUAUUCGACAUGUUUGGAAACAUUUUACAAAAAUUUAGUUGCUCGCGUUAUUUAGAAUUCCCAAAUGGAGUUUGCACAAACCACAAACAAGAAAUUUUGAUUUCGGACAAUCGAGCGCACUGUAUAAAGGUAUUCAGUUACGAUGGGCAAUUUAUUCGACAAAUUGGUGGGGAAGGAGUAACAAACUAUCCAAUUGGUGUGGGAAUUAAUUAUGCUGGUGAUGUUGUUGUGGCAGAUAACCAUAAUAAUUUUAAUCUUACCGUCUUCAGUCAGGAUGGCACUAUGAUCUCAGCACUUGAGAGCAAAGUUAAGCACGCGCAGUGUUUCGACGUAGCACUUGUUGAGGACGGUUCUGUUGUGCUUGCAAGUAAAGAUUAUCGCCUUUAUUUGUAUCGUUACCAGUCGUCGGGGACAGCAACGGUGGCAACGACGACAACCACAAACAGCCCGAAUUAA